GCGACCCGAGGCCCCGCCCCGCUUCCUCCCGCUGCCCCGCUCGUCUUGGGGCGGCGGCUGGGAGCGGAUCGGUGUGUUACGUUGCCACCAUGUUGUGUGGAGGUGCCUCCAAGACCCAGCCCGCCACCAGCGAGACGCAGCAGAUCGCGGAUGAGGUGAAGCCUCAGCUUGAAGAGAAAGAAGGGAAAACUUUUGAUGUCUUCACUGCAGUGGAGUUCAAAACUCAGUUGGUGGCGGGGACAAACUACUUCAUCAAGGUCCAUGUUGGCAAUGAUGAGUUCAUGCACCUGCGGGUAUUCAGAAGCCUUCCUCAUGAGAACAAGCCAUUGAGUCUUCAUGGAUACCAGAGCAGCAAGACCAAGCAUGAUGAACUGGCCUAUUUCUAGUAAACUUAUCUCAUGCGCUUUCCUAAUGAUUUCUUAUAUAUAUUUUCUGUAAGCUGCAAAAUGUUGAUUUCUGUGCCAACAAAGAAAACUAUUUUUUUUUAAGACUUAAUGCUGGAAAGAAAGAAAAAACACGUUUUUCUUAUUCCGUUCCCUUACUGUGCAAUAUCUAAAUGAAUUACAUAGGCCUCCUUUCACCGUUAGCUAAUGCAAAGCUGCACUGAUUGUGGUGUAGCUUAAUACUGUGCUCAUGGGCUUCCCUGACCUGGAAACUGAUAGGGAGUGACAGCAGCACUCACAUAUUUGCAACAAGGAGCAAGAGGAAAACCUGAGUCUUCUAUGUGCCGUUUUGCAAUUGUGGGUAUAUCUGUAGAUUUAAAUUGUAUCAUGUUUUUUUAUUGGCAAAGAUCUGAAACAAGAGAGAGAGGUGAGCUGCAGUCUUGUAAGAGACAUUCCCUUGGUACUAAUGCUUUUCCUCUUGCCAGCAGUAGGAUGUCAUGUCCAGUAGUUGUUUUUAAUUGCUUAUUUUCUGAGUACUGAGGAAAACUACUGGCAAGGAAUUUCAGCUGGACAAGUAUUUCUGCAUUGACGACAAUAAAUAUUUCUCUCAAAUGUAGGUGGUAUAUUUCA